GCGAGACUCCGUUUCAAAAAAAAAAUUCACACAUAUUAUCAUUUAUUAAUGCUUUUUGUAUUUUCAAAAAUUCUUGCCUAAGCAUAAUACGUAGCAAAAUUUAAAGGAUCAUAAUGGCAAAUGGUAUAAAUUACCUUGUGUUUGUGGCUUAAAUUUUAUUUUCAUUUGAUCUUUUUUAAACCAGCAAAUAAAAUACAACAUUCUUAGUGAUAUGUUGGGAAUGCAGGGAAAAGAAAUGAAGGUAAAAGUAACAUAAUUAUUGUGCAAGAAAAAGUUACUUCCAAAUGUAAGAGCACAGGGAAACAAUUGGUUUUCUUGAUUUUAAGCUAAUAACAUUGUGCAUUUUAUUGUUUGGACCUCUAAUCCCUCUUGACAGAUCCGUGCCUAAUGUGCAUGUCAUAGAGCAGGCUUCAUCAAAUUCAGAUAUUUAGACACUUCGUCUACUUCAGACUGGAUUGUGAUGGGAUUUGCAAACAGCUUAACAUGCAAGGGAAUUGUUUAAUACUUCAUGAUUGCAACAAGUAUGUGAAAGUUCCCACCAGCCAGUGAGAAUUUCUUCCUUCAGAAGGUUUUUGGUCUUACCGCGCAGCUUUCUGAGUUCUUUUGGUGCCAUGUUUUGUGGCUUGCAUCAAAAGAGGAGUUUGUCUUCAUGAAGAUUCCUAACAUUGGUAAUGUGAUGAAUAAAUUUGAGAUCCUUGGGGUUGUAGGUGAAGGAGCCUAUGGAGUUGUACUUAAAUGCAGACACAAGGAAACACAUGAAAUUGUGGCAAUCAAGAAAUUCAAGGACAGUGAAGAAAAUGAAGAAGUCAAAGAAACGACUUUACGAGAGCUUAAAAUGCUUCGGACUCUCAAGCAGGAAAACAUUGUGGAGCUGAAGGAAGCAUUUCGUCGGAGGGGGAAGUUGUACUUGGUGUUUGAGUAUGUUGAAAAAAAUAUGCUGGAAUUGCUGGAAGAAAUGCCAAAUGGAGUUCCACCUGAGAAAGUAAAAAGCUACAUCUAUCAGCUAAUCAAGGCUAUUCAUUGGUGCCAUAAGAAUGAUAUUGUCCAUCGAGAUAUAAAACCAGAAAAUCUCUUAAUCAGCCACAAUGAUGUCCUAAAACUGUGUGACUUUGGUUUUGCUCGUAAUCUGUCAGAAGGCAAUAAUGCUAAUUACACAGAGUACGUUGCCACCAGAUGGUAUCGGUCCCCAGAGCUCUUACUUGGCGCUCCCUAUGGAAAGUCCGUAGACAUGUGGUCGGUGGGCUGUAUUCUUGGAGAGCUUAGUGAUGGACAACCUUUAUUUCCUGGAGAAAGUGAAAUUGACCAACUUUUUACUAUUCAGAAGGUGCUAGGACCACUUCCAUCUGAGCAGAUGAAGCUUUUCUACAGUAAUCCUCGCUUCCAUGGGCUCCGGUUUCCAGCUGUUAACCAUCCUCAGUCCUUGGAAAGAAGAUAUCUUGGAAUUUUGAAUAGUGUUCUACUUGACCUAAUGAAGAAUUUAUUGAAGUUGGACCCAGCUGACAGAUACUUGACAGAACAGUGUUUGAAUCACCCUACAUUUCAAACCCAGAGACUUCUGGAUCGUUCUCCUUCAAGGUCAGCAAAAAGAAAACCUUACCAUGUGGAAAGCAGCACAUUGUCUAAUAGAAACCAAGCCGGCAAAAGUACUGCUUUGCAGUCUCACCACAGAUCUAACAGCAAAGACAUCCAGAACCUGAGUGUAGGCCUGCCCCGGGCUGACGAAGGUCUCCCUGCCAAUGAAAGCUUCCUAAAUGGAAACCUUGCUGGAGCUAGUCUUAGUCCAUUGCACACCAAAACCUACCAAGCAAGCAGCCAGCCUGGGUCUACCAGCAAAGAUCUCACCAACAACAACAUACCACACCUUCUUAGCCCAAAAGAAGCCAAGUCAAAAACAGAGUUUGAUUUUAAUAUUGACCCAAAGCCUUCAGAAGGCCCAGGGACAAAGUACCUCAAGUCGAACAGCAGAUCUCAGCAGAACCGCCACUCAUUCAUGGAAAGCUCUCAAAGCAAAGCUGGGACACUGCAGCCCAAUGAAAAGCAGAGUCGGCAUAGCUAUAUUGACACCAUUCCCCAGUCCUCUAGGAGUCCCUCCUACAGGACCAAGGCCAAAAGCCAUGGGGCACUGAGUGACUCCAAGUCUGUGAGCAACCUUUCUGAAGCCAGGGCCCAAAUUGCGGAGCCCAGUACCAGUAGGUACUUCCCAUCUAGCUGCCUAGACUUGAAUUCUCCCACCAGCCCAACCCCCACCAGACACAGUGACACGAGAACUUUGCUCAGCCCUUCUGGGAGAAAUAACCGAAAUGAAGGAACGCUGGACUCACGUCGAACCACAACCAGACAUUCUAAGACAAUGGAGGAAUUGAAGCUGCCUGAGCACAUGGACAGUAGCCAUUCCCAUUCGCUGUCUGCGCCUCACGAAUCUUUUUCUUAUGGACUGGGCUACACCAGCCCCUUUUCUUCCCAGCAACGUCCUCAUAGGCAUUCUAUGUAUGUGACCCGUGACAAAGUGAGAGCCAAAGGCUUGGAUGGAAGCUUGAGCAUAGGGCAAGGGAUGGCAGCUAGAGCCAACAGCCUGCAACUCUUGUCACCCCAGCCUGGAGAACAGCUCCCUCCAGAGAUGACUGUGGCAAGAUCGUCGGUCAAAGAGACCACCAGAGAAGGCACCUCUUCCUUCCAUACACGCCAGAAGUCUGAGGGUGGAGUGUAUCAUGACCCACACUCUGAUGAUGGCACAGCCCCCAAAGAAAAUAGACAUCUGUACAAUGAUCCUGUGCCAAGGAGAGUUGGUAGCUUUUACAGAGUGCCAUCUCCACGUCCAGACAAUUCCUUCCAUGAAAAUAAUGUGUCAACUAGAGUUUCUUCUCUACCAUCAGAGAGCAGUUCUGGAACCAACCACUCAAAAAGACAACCAGCAUUCGAUCCAUGGAAAAGUCCUGAAAAUAUUAGUCAUUCAGAGCAACUCAAGGAAAAAGAGAAGCAAGGAUUUUUCAGGUCAAUGAAAAAGAAAAAGAAGAAAUCUCAAACAACAGAUUCCACCAACGGGGAGAAUCCAAGCAUCAAGAAAUCCCUCUUUCCUCUUUUUAAUUCAAAGAAUCAUUUAAAGCAUAGUUCUUCUUUGAAAAAGCUUCCUGUAGUCACUCCACCCAUGGUACCCAAUUCCGACAGCCCUGAUCUUCUAACGUUGCAGAAAUCCAUUCAUUCUGCUAGCACUCCAAGCAGCAGACCAAAGGAGUGGCGCCCGGAGAAGAUCUCAGAUCUACAGACCCAAAGCCAGCCAUUAAAAUCACUGCGCAAGUUGUUACAUCUCUCUUCGGCCUCGAAUCACCCGGCUUCUUCAGACCCCCGCUUCCAGCCCUUAACAGCUCAACAAACCAAAAAUUCCUUCUCAGAAAUUCGGAUUCACCCCCUGAGCCAGGCCUCUGGCGGGAGCAGCAACAUCCGGCAGGAGCCCGCACCGAAGGGCAGGCCAGCCCUCCAGCUGCCAGGUCAGAUGGAUCCUGGUUGGCACGUGUCCUCUGUGACCAGGAGUGCCACAGAGGGCCCUUCCUACUCUGAACAGCUGGGUGCCAAGAGUGGGCCAAAUGGGCACCCCUAUAACAGAACAAAUCGCUCACGAAUGCCAAAUCUGAAUGAUUUAAAAGAGACAGCCUUGUAAUUUGUGCUGGUAGGGGGAAGGGGUGGGCAGA